GUUAUUACAAUUUAAUCUUAAUCACAAAAUGAAGGGAAGCUCAUAGAAGAAUAAAAUCUUAGAGCAAAUUCAGAAACAAAGACGUUCUUAAUCAAGACAGAAUGAUUCUAAAAUAAAUUCCUUGCAUUUCUAGGGUAUAUAGAUUCAGGAGUUUAGCAAGGAGAUCGAUGAUUAUUUACGAACAUUUUCGAAUUUAUAAUAAUUGGGAUUUUAGAGAUGUAAACUUCAAUCCCAUAAGCAAUCUCUCAGAUUAUAAAAAUAUUAAUUCAUUGAAUUUAGAAGAAAAUGCUUUUGGAGGAAGGAAGCAUUAAAUCGAUAAAGAAUCAAAUCAAAGAUUUCGAUGAAAUUGAGUAAUUAAAAUAACUCGACCAAUUAACACACCUAUUUCUAGAGAAAAAUCCUGGUUUGUGAUGAUGAUAAUUUUACAACCAAAAUUUGGGGAUCUGCUACCAAAACUUAAGGCCCUGGGAUGGAAAGGACAAGAAAGACCGAAAUUUAUGAUGAUGAUGAGGAGGAUGAAGAAGAAGACGAAGAGGAGAUAGAUGAAGACGACGAUGACAGUUUUUCUAUAUCUGAUGACGAAGAAGAUGAGGAAUAUAGUGAAGUGGAAGAAAGUGAGUCAGAAAGCAACAAGAAGAAAAAGAAAGUUAAAAAAUGAUACAUUAAAAUAUUUAAUGAAAAAUAUGAAUAAAAACUUAUUGCAAA